UGUGUUAUUUCAGCAACAAUUCUGUAGGUUUGAGAUAUAUUUGAUGCAAGAAUGAUGUUUUGGAAAAAUAAUAAAGAAGUUUUAAUGAAGAGAUUUCAUAUCUCGGUCACAAGCAUUCUUAUCGGGUUGACCAUUGUUACCGGGGUGUCUUGUUUCGCACAAGUUCGACAAACAUUACGUAACAGAGGAGCCGUCAAUGACGCACAAUACGGAAGCGGGAAACUACCAGAAAAAUCUUGAACAUUUAUUUAAUCUUUGAAAUAUUUUCGCUUUUCCAUGAUUUCUGAUCUUGCAAUUACGUGGAUUUGUUGUUUAUUUGAACGACCAUAAUAUCAUUCGAUGCCUUUUUUUAAUCUUUUUUAUUUUCCUUUACCAGGAAUUAACAAAAAAUGAAAAUUUUGACAAACAUAAAAAAUAAUCCCAAGAAAUCAAUUUUUGGAUUCAUCGUCGUUGGCUUUGGGGGAAGAUGGCUUCACACCAAAUUCACUGAUUAUCAAUUUCGACUCCAAAAGUGUCGGGAAGUAUUUCAUCGCGGCAAGCAACCGAUGAACCAUCUUCAUCCCCCCAAGCGUAUCGUGCUUGUACUUAACCCAGCGGCAAAACACGGAAAAGCUGGAAAACUUUUCAAAAAGAACGCGUCUCCGCUGCUCCAACUGUCGGGUUGCGAGGUCAAGGUGUUUCAACUUGAGUACGAGGGGGAGGGGAAGUCCCUGAUGGAGGAAUUGGAUCUUGACGGAACGGACAUGGUGGUGGCAGCGGGGGGAGAUGGGACGGUGAACGAGGUCGUCACAGGGUUGCUAAGGAGGAAAGAUCAUUCGCGAUGGGUGAACAUUCCGUUGGGUAUUAUACCACUUGGUGCAUUGAACACGGUUUGUCAACGAUUGUCGUCUCCAAACAGUUUCAACUCGCAAGCCAAGUGGAUAAUUAGUUGCACGAACCAUAUAUUGGAUUCAAACACUCGAUACGUUGACGCGCUUGAGGUUAAAUCGGAUGUUGGGAAACAAACGUUUGCCUUGACUGACUUUGCUUGGGGGUCGUACAGAGACGCCUUCCACAAGGAACCCAAGUAUUGGUACUUUGGUCCCAUUAAACGACACAUGGCGUACUUCAUAUCUGCAUUGAAAAGUAAAAUCCAAACCCCAAAACAAUUCCAACUCGCUUACAACGAACCAACGUUGAUUCACGACAAAGUAGAGACGACUCCGAUUAUACCCAUGGGGCAAAACGUGGAUUUUGGGAACAUUAUCUGGAAAGUUUUUGGUUCGUUGUUGCCGUCGUGGUUUGUGAGCGGUGGUGCGGAACAAGAAGGGAACAGGAGACGACACGGGGGUCGUUAGGUUCGACGAACCGAUGAAAUCCCACCGGACCUUGGAGUUUAACGCUUCAGUGAACUCACAUGACCUGCAUGAAGAUCGUGAAACAGCGAGUGCUCAUGUUAUCAUAGAAAGCGACAAAUUUAAUUUGCUUGAGUUUGUUAAACACGGAGCGUCACGUUUUGUGGGGGGAAAACAUCUACCCGUUGACCCCGCACAGGAAGUAUUUUGCAGCGCGUUUCAAAUAAUUCCCAACAAAGUUGAAGACGAAUGGUUUACAAUUGACAACGAACAGUUUGAGGCGUUCACGUGCAACGCAACUAUUAUCCCAAAGUGCCUGUCAAUAAUUUACGGCGCAAACAUGCAAUAAAUUAACAACAAUAAUUAUUAAUUUGAAAUUAAACUAAAUUAAUUUUAUGGUUUGUUUAUUA